AUGCGUUACUCCUUCGCUCUUGUUCCCCUGGCCAACGCCAUCGGCGCUCUCGCGGCCGCCGACUCAUGGGUUUUUGGUAACACGGGAUUCUAUCUUGGCCCCCCCUCCGGAAGCGCGGAGAUUGUGAAAGCUACCUACUCGAUCACGCCUCCUGCUGUUCCUUCUGGUUACACCGUCUCUGACAGCAAUGAUGAGGUCUGGGUCUCCGUCUGGGUUGGAGCUUCCGCAAGUGCCGGCAGCGAUGACUACAACCUGUACCAACCUCUUUUCAACUGGUCCCCCGACCAGGAAUCUCAGGGUUGCUCUGCCAGUGUUGAUGAGUGGUGUGUUGCCGCCAGUACCUUCACUCCUGACGGCCAACUUGGCCAGGAGUACAUCACUGUUCCCAAGGACACUGCGGUCGAUUUCGAGAUCGCCGUUGCCAACAACAAGGUCACUCAGACCGUCAACAUGAAUGGAAAGGAAAUCUCCAAGGAGACUGAUGCUCUUGACUCGCCCUUGAAGUACAUCAUGUCUACUGACGAGUGCUACACCGGCUCUGGUAGCUGUGGUACCGUCAACACCUGGUACGUCAAGAACUUGACCAUUACUUUGAACAAGGCCGAUACCAAGUUCGGUGAGACUUUCACUGCCGGUGGCUUGACUUCCUCCGACAACGGCAUCACCUGGACUGCCGACUCGGUCGAUGUCCAAAAGGUUAACUACGCCGACUCUGCCGAUAUUUCAUAG